AUGGCUCUGAAUCAGGCUGGAUCAUGCAGUCCGGGAGUGUUAAAGGCAGGGUUGGGGUUGAUGGCACUGUGCUUGGCCGGAUACAUAGUGGGUCCACCUUUGUACUGGCAUAUUGUUGAAGGCUUGGCCGCUGUGAGCCGUUCUUCUUCCUCCGUUUCUUGCCCACCUUGCAACUGUGAUUGUUCUUCUCAGCCUUUGCUAACUAUUCCCCAAGGGCUAAGAAAUACUUCCUUAGCAGAUUGUGCGAAACAUGAUCCAGAAGUCACUGACGACACAGAAAAGAAUUUCACAGAACUUUUGUCUGAGGAACUAAAGCUUAGGGAAGCCGAAGCUUUGGAAAGUCAGCAGCGUGCCGACAUGGCACUGCUCGAGGCCAAGAAGAUGACAUCCCAGUAUCAGAAGGAAGCAGACAAGUGCAAUUCAGGAAUGGAAACAUGUGAAGAAGCGAGGGAAAAGGCUGAAGCAACUUUAUUGGCACAAAAGAGACUGACUACAAUGUGGGAGUUGAGAGCUCGUCAGAGAGGAUGGAAAGAAGGGGCUGCCAAAUCUAGUACUCAAUCUCGAUGAAAUAUACAAUCUGCAUUAAAUCCAGACUGCCUCAUAUGGAACCAUCUCAAUUAAGUAUUGUAAUCUGGUCUCAGUUCAAAGUGGGCAUGACUCGAACUUGAGCAUCUUGAUUGAAUCAUCGAUCCAAAUCGUAGAAGUUUUAUUUUCUAUUGUCUCCCGUUGGAAGCAGCUGAUCUGUAAAAAAAGCAGAGUCUUACCACUUUAUUUUUUCAUUUUAGAAUUUGUUAGUUAAUUGAAGUUAUAAGACUCUUUAAAAGUACAGAUUGUGAUCAAAUGACCACUCUAAUGCCUAUAUAGAACAUUGUCACCCGUGUUGUACCGUAUCAUUGAUUGCCUGAAUCAUGAUCAGAGAAACAUAUGGUUGAGAUUAUUGACAGAAACAUAGUGG